UUCAAUAGAUGUUUUUCAGAUAAGAGAGCAGUAAUUCAAACGCAGUUGUAUAAACAAGAUCAGAGAGGAAUUAUCCCGAAGGGUAUAAAAUGAACGAAGAGGCUUUAGUCUGAGUCACUACAGCCUCAGCUCACCAAUGCAAAGUAAGCAUGACUGCCAUCUUCCUGAUGUCCGUGCUUCUUGGCCUUGCAUGUGGGCAAGUGACCUCUUUUUGUAUUCUGACCGAGUAUAUGAUGCAUGUCGAAAGGAAGGAGUGUGAUUAUUGCCUAGCCAUCAACACCACCAUCUGUGCUGGAUAUUGUAUGACACGGGAUAUCAAUGGCAAGCUCUUUCUUCCCAAACAUGCGCUGGCCCAGGAUGUUUGCACGUAUAGAGACUUCACGUACAAGACCGUAGAAAUACCAGGUUGCCCGCGCCAUGUCAGUCCUUAUUUCUCCUAUCCCGUAGCUGUGAGCUGUAAGUGUGGCAAGUGCGACACCGACUACAGUGACUGUGCACAUGAGGCCGUCAGGACGAACUACUGCACCAAACCUCAGCAGUCCUAUGUGGUGGGGUUUUCUGUCUGACUUCAGUGGUGAUGUAAUUUGCAAUUCAGUUACCUGUGUUUGCCUGGAAUAAAACUAAUACUACAUCAA